AUGAAGAACCUCCGCAACCCGUGGUGGGAGACGCUCAUCGUGAAACUGAUGGGGUGUCGAAUAUCCUUGCCAGCUCUGACUAGAAGACUGGAGGCAAUGUGGAGCAGACAAGGCAGCAUAGAAGUGAUCGAUUUAGGCAAUGAUUUUUUCAUUGUCAAAUUCUUUUCUAAGGAGGACCUGGAUUUUGCGUUGACUGGAGGGCCAUGGAAAAUCAUGGACCACUAUCUCUCCAUAAAAUUUUGGAAGCCCGACUUUAAUCCGGAGAAGGCGGAGAUAGAUAAGAUUGCGGCGUGGGUGAGACUUCCCAGUUUAGCAAUCGAGUAUUAUGAGGAACAGAUGCUUAGACGAAUCGGGAACAUCAUCGGUAGAACCCUUAGAGUAGACACCCACACGACAGAGAAAUACAGAGGCAAAUUUGUGCGACUUUGUGUCGAGUUGGAUCUCACUGAACCACUUGUAGCUCAAUAUGCCAUCAAUGGAGUCCGUUACUUAGUGGAGUAUGAAGGAAUUCAUAACAUAUGCUUUGCAUGCGGGAUGGUCGGACAUGAGAAGCAAAGAUGCCCGAAAAAAGUUCAAAAUGAGCCUCCUAGAAGCACUAAACAGCAACAUGCAAGGAUGAAUCAGGAAGGUGAAAGGGUAGAGAACCAACAAAGCAGGGAAGAAGACAGGGGUAAAAAGGAAAAAGAAAUUUCAGAGAAGGGCAAAGAAGUCCAGGAGGAACAAAGAGAAGCCUUUGGACCAUGGAUGAUUGUCCAAAAAACUACACGCGGUAGGAAAACGGUAAAAGAAGGUGCAGGUCCAGUUAGUGGGGCGGAUGGAGAGAUAAGCAAAAAUGGGAUGAAAGUGGUCAAUGGUACGAGGUUCGCUAUUCUGAAUGAUGAGGAGGCUACGAAUGCCAAUGAUGCUAACAUAAACCAAAAUAGACCCCAACAAGUAGAGAAAAGUCCAAACCAAAACCAAAAAUCUGCAAACGAGACAUCUGUCUCCGCACUACCUCAGCCUCAAAAAGCGCAACCCAACCCAGAUCAAGAUAGACUAACACUGAACAAAAACCUUGGCCAAGAGACUCAUGUCUCUGAGACAUCAAAGACCCAUCCUAACAAGAACAACACAAGCAACAUAUGUGCACAAGUCAGUAGCCCCAAAAGUAAUCCCAACACAUUUGAGCACAACCUGGAGUUUGAUAUGGAGGACUCUUUUGUUCUAGAAACAGUUAACACAAAUGAAGAGAUGGAGUAUAAUAAAGAGCCAGAGCCUCCGGACCUCAAUUCUGUCAAUACAGAGUUGAUGGUUGUAGCAGCGAAGAGGGUGGAGGAGCAACUACAACAAAAUAAGUGUGUGGCUUUCCAAUGUCAAUCAGCUGGAGCUGGAAAACAAGCUAACCAAAGCGCUCAAGAGGAGCUUGCAAUGGAUGUGGAUGAUGCCCGAAAUGGGGCAGAGAUAUGA